AGCCUUGCGGCGGGCAUUGGCAAGCGCGGCCCCGCCCCCUGGCCCAGCCAAUCGCGGGCCACGCCGACCAGCGAGGGGGAGGUGCCGGGCGGGCGGCCUGGGCCGGUGCGCGGGGGCGGGUGAGGUGGCCCCACCCGCUGGGGGGGGGCGUGGCCGGCGCCGGCUCUUGCGGCCGAGCAGAGUUGCGGCGUGGGAAAGAGCCGCUAGGAGCAGACCGCGCCGCCGCCGGAGCCGCGCCUGCCCAGGCCCGGGGAGGGAGGAGGCGGGCGCCAGGGUGCUGCGCCCCGCUCGGCGUCCGAGCUUCCGGCCGGGCUGCGCCCCGCGCGGUUUUCGCCGGGAUGAAGCGCCCCUGCGAGGAGACGACCUCCGAGAGCGACAUGGACGAGACCAUCGACGUGGGGAGCGAGAACAAUUACUCGGGAGAUACCAAAAUCACAACUUGAUUUUUGGAGGAAUUAAAGCAACCUGCGAUGUCAAGGCUAAGCAAAGUACUAGCUCUGUGAUUAGAUUGAAUUCUCCAACAACAACAUCUCAGAUUAUGGCAAGAAAGAAAAGGAGAGGGAUUAUAGAGAAAAGGCGUCGGGAUCGGAUAAAUAACAGUUUAUCUGAGUUGAGAAGACUUGUGCCAACUGCUUUUGAAAAACAAGGAUCUGCAAAGUUAGAAAAAGCUGAAAUAUUGCAAAUGACAGUGGAUCAUUUGAAGAUGCUUCAGGCAACAGGGGGUAAAGGCUACUUUGACGCACACGCUCUUGCCAUGGACUUCAUGAGCAUAGGAUUCCGAGAGUGCCUAACAGAAGUUGCGCGGUACCUGAGCUCCGUGGAAGGCCUGGACUCCUCGGAUCCGCUGCGGGUGCGGCUUGUGUCUCAUCUCAGCACUUGCGCCACCCAGCGGGAGGCGGCGGCCAUGACAUCCUCCAUGGCCCACCACCACCAUCCGCUCCACCCGCAUCACUGGGCCGCCGCCUUCCACCACCUGCCCGCAGCCCUGCUCCAGCCCAACGGCCUCCAUGCCUCAGAGUCAACCCCUUGUCGUUUCUCCACAACUUCAGAAGUGCCUCCUGCCCACGGCUCUGCUCUCCUCACGGCCACGUUUGCCCAUGCGGAUUCAGCCCUCCGAAUGCCAUCCACGGGCAGCGUCGCCCCCUGCGUGCCACCUCUCUCCACCUCUCUCUUGUCCCUGUCUGCCACCGUCCACGCCGCAGCCGCAGCAGCCACCGCGGCUGCACACAGCUUCCCUCUGUCCUUUGCGGGGGCAUUCCCCAUGCUCCCCCCAAACGCAGCAGCAGCAGUGGCCGCGGCCACAGCCAUCAGCCCGCCCUUGUCAGUAUCAGCCACGUCCAGUCCUCAGCCGACCAGCAGUGGAACAAACAGUAAACCUUACCGACCCUGGGGGACAGAAGUUGGAGCUUUUUAAAUUUUUCUUGAACUUCUUGCAAUAGUAACUGAAUGUCCUCCAUUUCAGAGUCAGCUUAAAACCUCUGCACCCUGAAGGUAGCCAUACAGAUGCCGACAGAUCCACAAAGGAACAAUAAAGCUAUUUGAGACACAAA